UCCGGUUUCCAGUCGAGUAUAAUUUAUAAGUCUAUGAUCUAGAUCUAGCAAACAUGGGGAAGUGACGCAGCAAAAAUGGCGUUUCUAGUCUUUGAUAAGAGAUAACAUUAAAUCUAGGAAAAUCUUCAAAUCUAAUGAAUUUUCAGGUGAAUCAAAUGCUUUGGGUGCAGACGUCACCUGAAAAUAUGGCAGACCGGAAGAGACCUAUCGACUUUUCGAAUAAAUGCAUAGAUUCAAUGUUUUCAACCUCGUCAUAGCAAAGUUGGAAGAGAGCUUAUGGCUGGACUAUAGCAUGGGGUGGAGAUUUUUAAAAAGAUAGCUAAAAACACUAUCUGUAAUCCAACAAAAAAUGAGGUCAUAACUCAAGGCUGUGUACAAAUAUGGCAGACCUUGGUCAUAACUCCGUUGUGUUCUAAAAUGACAGGAGCAUAUGACUUCACUGUGUUUUGAAAUGCAUAGGUACAUCAAUGCCAAAGUGCAGCUUUGCUCCAAGAUCCAUCACGUUCCAGCGGCCAUGUUGUGUGUUUUUUUCUACAUCUUGCAGGCGUUUGUUCUAGACUACUACCUUAUUAAUUUCCUCAAUUUCUUGUAUAUCUGCUUCCUGGUGGCAGAUUUCUUCGUCCUUGUUGCUCUGGUAGUCAGCAUCAUCUACGGAAGCACCAAAAUGGAUCGGCAGAGGUCUGCGGAGCUGGCACAGACUCGAAUGAUGUUCAGUUUGUCUUGGGUCUCCUGGCUACUCAUUAACAUGAACUCAAGUGCCAAGAUUAUAAUCAUUAUCGAAUACAACGCCUGGCCUUUAGAGAAAGACCCUUCCUUUUUUGGGCCCAACGUCUUCAAAACCGCCAUCGCUCUAAGUAGCUGCAUCUUUCUCUUUCUGUUGGCCACACAGCACGACGCUUGCCUGGGAAGUGAGAGGCGGACGUACAUCUCAGAUCUGACGGACAAUGUCAUCUUCGAUAUUUUAGACACCGUGGACAUCCUGGAGGUUUUUUUCGACAAAGACGACCGAGCACUGCUCUGGGACGGGCUGGAGGAGGUUAUUCUGACGCAAGCGACCAUGAACCUUCUUUGGCCCACCGUUCCUCUUAUCACUCUCAGUCGAACCCACUUCGGGCUGGACAAACCACAAAGGCCGAUGAUGUAUCUUCAUCGUCUUCUGGUGGUGCUGGUGGUCAACAUACCCAAUCUUCUGACCAGGAUGGUUCUCUGGAAUGGUAUGAGCGUGGACAUCUCUCCUUUCACUCUCAAGAACAUCAUACUGAUCGGCAUAGCCAUGUAUGAGUUUUAUGAGCACAAGAGGGAAAAACUGGAGGAUUCAAGGCUGAACUCUCUAGAGAUUGGAAACUUUCAGCAGAAGAAUGUUAAGAGACGGAAUCUAGGCUCCCUAACAGACCAGACCCUAAAGCCACUUUCCAAUGUGCCAAAAAUUAGCAUAAAGCUGAAAGAGACCGCGGAAAAGCAAGUAUCAGAAGACAAUGUAGAAUCUGAAAUAAAUAAAUGAGUUCCAAAAGUGAGUUUGGUUUAAGACUUCAUACGAAUUAUACAGCAUUAUUCUUAACAUUGUAAAGCUCGGAAUUCGGAGAUGACACAAAUGUUGUAAUUAUUGCAUUUAAUUAUUUUUUAGUUUUUUUUCUUCGUUUUUAUAAAUCUUAAUUUUGUGUGGAUUCGUUUUGAUAACUGUUUUUAUAGUAAUUUUUGUUAUAGGUAUAUAUAACAUCUGUUUAAUUUGUGUUGCUAACAGUAACGCGAAAUGAAAAAUUAUUAAUUAUUAUCUUUGUUCAUGACAUCUCAAUGAGUUCUGUUCACAUGAGCUGCCAGAUCUGGCCAUUUUUUAACGGAGCUAUUGUUUCUUUUUUCACCGAUAUUUUGUUCCUGUCAAUAUUAGAGAUUUUUUUCGAUAAAAUUGUAAGGAUGCUAAAUUAAACUUCAGUAUUGCCAACUAAGUUACAUCAACACUUCCUUUAUUCGUUACACCGGAUAUACCAACAAGACAGCUAUUUAUAGUUUUUCCGCCAUUGAUGAAAAUCUAAUUUAAAACAUACGAGAAAAUGCUUGAAGUCUCAUUGUCGAAUAUUACAUCGGAAGUGACGCGGGAAGUUAGUAAAGAAUUCGGGCAUUUCUGUUUGCAGUCUCUAAUACCCACAUUUGUUUUCAUAAAAUCAUUAAUAGUAAUAAUUAUAAUGUUGAUUUUAUUGUUGGAUUUAUAGAGCUUAUAUAAUGUUUCCCUGUUUAUAUGUUCCAUGUCAGGUCUAUAUGUAUGAGGACACUGGAUUUAUUCCUUUAAAAUGUCGCUAUAUAAAAUGAUAUUUACUUUUAUGGUGGAUUGUUUAGAAUAGAAUGAAAAGGAAAGGGCAUUGUCCAUAUUAAUUACAUUGAAAUAUAUCGAAAAGUUAUAACUUCAUGUAAAGAAUGUAAAUAAAAGUUUCAUUCGAAGAUUUUUGUACAAACAUGUCAAACAAAAUACACUGUAUGUGACUAACAUGUCAAACAUAAUACACUG